AUGGGUAUUCGUAGGAUCAAUGUGAAACCAGUGGAUGAUAGUGACGAUGACAUCAGCAUGACAUCACAAACCAUGUCUCAUUCACAGAGAAACUUAGUGAUCAGGAAAAAUCGAAAGUGGAUCAGGCGAAUGAGCCAGAUAAGUCGAGCUUUAUCCGAGGGUGAUGUUCGUGUGGAGUUACCUGGCAGCAACAUGGGUACAGUGAGAAGGAGACCAUCGGUUGCUGACUUUGUGGACAUGAUGGAUGAAAAUGAACAAAUUGAGUUCUUGAAUAAAUAUGGAAAGGGUAAGCUGAAAGCACUCUCUGGGUGGAAGGCAUUUAAGUACAAUGUUGCAUUGAAAUGGAAACGCACAAAAGAGAACAUGUAUGACUUCAGGUUACGCUUUGAAGUGUGGCGCUCUUCACUCAAAGAAGUAGAAGGCAAAUUUGGAACGGCGGUGGUGUCAUAUUUUGUCUUCCUCAAAUGGCUUCUUUUCCUCAACAUCUACAUCUUCUUCAUCAUGUUUGGUUUCAUCGUCAUCCCGGAACUCAUAUUGGGAACCAACUACAUGUACAAUCAACCGACCAACUGUGAGGUAGCGUAUACAGACUCCAUUGAAACAACAUGUCAGGAUGAUGGUGAUGGUGUCCAAUGUAUCUUGGAUUUCUUAGAAGGAAGUGGUUGGAUGGAGCAGACACCCCUCUUCUAUGGCAACUAUUCCCCAGAGUUCUACCUAUCGGAGAACAGCACCAUCCCGAUCAACCCAAACCUGUAUAACCUUCCUCUGGCGUAUCUCCUAGCUACGAUCAGUUACUUUGUUAUCAGUCUCCUCAUGAUGGUUAACUAUACGGCCAAGGGUUUUAAGGACAGCAUGGCCAACAGAGAAGACACAUCUUACAAGUAUUGUAACCAGGUGUUUGCAGGUUGGGAUUACUCCCUGACGGAUUUCAACAAUUGCUAUCUCAAGCAUCGGAGCAUUCACUAUGAAAUAGCUACUGCUCUAGAGGAAGAGAGAUUAGCCCUGAAGCGUGCUAAGCGUACCACCAAACAGAAAUGCAAGCUGUACUUCCUACGGAUCUUCCUCAAUCUCCUCGUGUUACUGGUCCUAGCUGGAGCCGGUUACCUCAUUUACUUCACAACAGACUUUGCUGUUCUGAAUUCCAGCAAGCCCGUCACCACCGAUGCCUUUGCUUCGCUCCUCAUAAGCUACCUUCCGUCCAUCACCAUCACCCUCCUCAACGGCGUCGUCCCCAUGAUCUUCAACGUCGUCGUCCGGUUCGAGGACUACAGUCCGCAGUUUGAGAUCAGCAUCACCCUGAUCAGGACGGUGUUCUUGAGACUUGCUUCCUUGGUCGUUCUCUUCCUCUCCCUCUACCCUCAGAUCGUCUGUCCUGGAAGAGAAAGUGAACCUUGCGAUGUCUGUCCAAGUGACCUCAAGUGUUGGGAGACAUACAUAGGAAGAGAAUUCUACAAGUUGACGAUUACUGAUUUUGCAGCUGUUGUACUGGUCAUCGUUUUAGUCGAGUUCCCGAGAAAACUCGCAGCCAAGUACUGUCAUUGUGGCGUGGCUAAAGCCCUUGGUCAGAUGGAGUUUGAGAUUCCAAAGAAUGUGCUAGCCAUCGUCUACUCGCAAGCUUUGUGCUGGGUUGGGUCCUUCUACAGCCCUCUCCUGCCAGCGAUCUGUGUGCUGAAAUGCUUCAUCUUCUUCUACUUCAAGAAAUGGAGUCUGCUCUACAACAUGGUGCCUUCGUCCCGGCCGUUCAGAGCGACCCGGUCCGGUAUCUUCUUCAUGGUCAUUCUCCUCGUCACGUUCCUCAUCUGUCUCAUUCCCAUCGGCUACUCCAUCUCAUCAAUUACGCCAUCAGCAGGGUGCGGUCCCUUCCGUGGUCACCAGUCAAUGUGGGGAGAACUCGUUCAAACCAUUGAUGAAUGGGAUAACUUCUUUGAGCAAGUUUUCGAGUUCAUCGGUUCUGCAGCUUUCGUUGUCCCUCUCAUCAUCAUUCUUUUACUUGCUCUUUACUACUACCAUGCUAUAUCAGCAGCUCACAAAGAAAUGGUCCUCCUACUCAAAGAGCAGCUUAUUAUGGAGGGGCGAGAUAAACACUUUCUCUUGGCGAGGCUCAACGAGCUUGACCCCACGACGACCAAAGGUCAUCAGAAAUCGAGACGGAAGCAGAUCGAAAACGAAGACCAACGCCCACCGCGGGCUCCUUCCGAUGCUUGGAGCGAAGGGGGUCCAACAGCCAAGCAUCCAUUUGCUAUGUAAUGGAGAAGAUUAAUCAACUCUUGGUCUGAUGUUUUUAUGCUAAAGUCCCAGGCUUUCUGCAGGGAUGCCUGUUUUCAGUUUAAAGCCAGCUCAUAUCACCAGUUUGCCCAGAAAAUUGUCAUAUAAUACCAAUUAAGUGAUGAAUGAGUCCACGUCAAACUCCUAGGGAGUUGGUUUCUCAGUCAUGCCUGACAGUGCAGGGGUCCGUCUUACAUGUACAAAGAGUUGCAAUUGAUCCGAUCAAUCGCAACUAUGGAAAGCCAGCAAAGUCAACAUACAAAAUGCACAUUUGUUCAAAAGAUUUUCUAGAUAUGAAUGCAUAUCCAUGAAUUCAUUGAUUUCUUGACAAUUCGGUGAGUUCUCCUUUGUUUACGAAGGACAUUUUGCAAAUUUCCUGUAGAAAAAUAUUAUGGCACUGAUGGAUUUCCAUAGAGUUACGAUUGAUUGGAUGAUUUUGGAUCAAUCGUAGCUCUUUGUAAGACGGGGCCCAGGUGUAGUACAGAAAGUCUUUGAGAUCACUUUUGCAGUGAGUAUAUCAACUUAAAAGUAGUGUGUAAUGCCUUGGUCACAUUUGCUCUACGGCAGCCGUACGGCGAGUCGAAAAUAGUUGUUUUAUUCAUUUUUAUUCAAACCACCGAUAUGUAGCUGGUACAAAAAAAUGUUAAAACGGCUGUUUUCGACUCGCCGUACGGCCGCCGUAGAACAAAUGUGACCAAGGUAUUAAUGAUCACAGAGAUUUAUCAGUAUUGAUAAAGCAACUUUUAAAAUAUAUACAUGUACAUGUAUAAUUGUUUCUUCCAAAGUUUGGUGCAGCUUGUUUUAUGACCGUUGUAACAUACUGUACAGGAGAUGCCUAUAUAUGAUUAUAAUGAAUAUUUUUAGCAUCCAUUGAGGUGCCUUGUGUAUAUAUAUUCUUGCAUGGACUGCGUUAUUAAUGUGAACAUCUAGCAAUACAUGUAUUUACCGUGGAGUUUUGACCAAUAAAAAGUUGGGGUUACAAGAUGAGGGGAGUGUUUCAUGACACAGUCAGUGAUUUUUCAUUGACAAAUCUGCUCUGAGCCAAUCAGAUUCAAGCAUUUCGGUAGCUUAUAACAUUUAUCAGUGAAAAUCACUCACUAUUUGUUUCAUGAAAUGCUUCAGAGGUCAGGGGUCCGUUGCAGAAAAAAGUUGCGUUUAAACACAAGUAAAAAACAAUUCGCAAGUCCCAAAUGCGCCCUGUUGAUUGGUGGAAAAUCAAGUUGCGCAUGAUUUUUAGAGUUGCGAUUGAUUGCAACUCUUUCUGCCAUGGGCCUGAUCUGCUGAUGGAGGCUUUCAGUGGAUUUUAAAAAAAGAAAAAUUGAAGAUAUUUUCUGUGUUUAUUGAUUGUGACAAUCAUUUCAGUAUUUAUGAUAUAUAUUCUAACUAACUUUUAAGAAUGAUUUCUUCCAGUUAUGUACAAUGCCUAUGCAUGUCUUUCAACCUGCCCUACUUUCUCAAACUACAAUAGCAUGGCUGGAUAGCGCGAUGUGACGUGUACUUUCAAUGAGAUGCAAUGAUUAGAUUUUUACAAGAAGAAAAACCUCUUCCUUUAUUUGAAUAAUUUUAUAUAUAUAACUUAUAGAAAGGAUAUGAGUGUGUGUGGUAAUUCAAAAUAAAAUUACCUUUUUCAUCAGCAAUAUACCACUGCUAUAAAGAAAGACACAAUUAGACCGUCAUCAACUAGUGUCUUGAUGUUUCUUAUUUCAUGCAUCAUUAUAUGAAUUGUGAAAUUACACUGUGAAUGUAGAGGUUGACUUUGUCUUUGGUUCUGUAGAGACAAUAGAAAAUACAUGUAACACUGCCCCAUUUUAAGCAAAAUAUGCCUUGAGAUUUUAAAUUUUAUGCAAACUCAUACAGAACUGAACAAGACACAAAUCCUUGUAUUUAACUGCCUGUACAUUUUGCAGGAAACACGUUUAUCACAUUGAAACACGGCUGAUCAAAAUUUCAACUGUAUAGUGGACAUAAUGGGCCGUAUGCAUAAAGACAAGCAAUUGCUUAUAAGCAAAUGCUUGAAGCAAAAGCAAGAGCUGGUCAAGCAAAAGGGCAAGUUCAAGCAAUUGCUUAAAUUCGUAUGCACAAGCUUUUGCUUGUGCUGAAACCUUUUGCUUGCACUGCCUAAGCAAUUGCUUAUGUGUUGGACAAAGGAUCGUUACGGUUGUGCGAACAUCGCACAGUAGGACAACGACGCUUCGUUCUCGACCUGGCAGAAGUAUUUUUUAUUACGCAAAUAGGGGGAAAACAGCGCAGAGCAUCAGGGGGGUUUCUGUGUAGAUCGAUGGACAAAAAUUGCCGUAAAAAGUCUAAAAUAACAGGAAUUUGAUUAGAUAUGAAAUCACAACAUAACCUCUGGAAUAUGGAGCUUGAAACGGUAUGAAAAUUUAAUCCUUAAACGAGAAUGCCAUGAGUAAGCAAGAGCUCAAGCUGGUCUGGAGGUGCUUGAAAAAACGCAAGCAAUUGCUUAUCAAGACAAGUAAAAGGUUUGUUUUAUGCAUACGGUUUUAAGCAAUUGCUUGUUUGGUAAGCAUUUGCUUACGAGCAGUAAGCAAUUGUCUGUGCUUGUAGGCAAAAGCUUUUGCUUAUGAGCAAUUGCUUGUUUGUGUGCAUACCGAUUCAAGCAAAAGGCUAGCACAAGCAAUUGCUUGUUUUUAUGCAUACGGCCCAAUGUGUGUCAUGUCGGCAGCUCACAGCUAAUCAUUUGGUUAGGAUCCAUACACUGUGUGUCCAUUUUGAAAUUGUUAAUUGAACAUGAACAUACCAUAUAAUAAUGCAAAAAAGGGCAAAAAUGUGAUGAAUCUUAAUUUGAAAAAAAAAUUAUUUCACUUUAUAUAUGUAUGAUAAAUGAGGCUACCUCUUUAAAUAUUUAAUGUCUUUCAUAAUUCUGAGUAAUCAAAUUAUUCUUCAGUCUUUCUCAAAUUGGCGAUUGAUUACCCUACAACUGAUGCCUUAAAUUCUAUCUUGAAAUAUAUUUCUCAUGAACUUGAAGAACAAAAUACUGUGAUAUAGUUUGUAAACAAACAGUUGUGCACAAAUGUAUGAAAAAGGUCACUUAUUGCCCCGAGGGCUUUAUGAAUCGCGAUUGGGAAAUAUUGCUCAUUCCGACAUGCAUUUGAUCAGUAUUUUUGGAUGUACAUCUGUUAAUAUUGAAAUCUACUCGUUAAGACAAUUGCAAUAUGUGAAUUUAUCUGUUACUUUGAGAAUAUAUGCCUUAUUCAAUGUGCCUUGUAAUUUGUCAUUGAUAAAAAUACACCUUUUCUUUCAGCCGAAGAGCAAUUUGAUGAAUUACAACGCUAACCAGAAAUUUAUUGCGAACAAACAAAAUCUGUCUAAAAUUGGUUUAAAAUUAAGUAAGUGUAGAAAUCUAUGACAUCUGAUUGUAUGUUCUAUUGAAAGAUGAAUAUGAUUUGAAUCUGUACAUGUACAAUUCACCAGCUUAUAAGAUUAUCUUUGUGAGGAUUUAGUGCUAAGCUGCAUUAUGGAUCAGCCAUUGGUCACAAACAUAUUGAUGAUGAAUGUACGUAGGAUGUUGUUAUGUUGCCCUAUAUUAGGUGUUUUUUUUUGGAUGGCUGAAGUGGAUUUUAAAGAAUGAUUUGGGGUGAUCUUAUAAGUUCGCCCUUUUUCUGAAGGAUUUAAUAUUUUUCAUAUUUUGAAGUACUGAAUAAGUUUUAUAUUUGAUCAUUUAUUCAUGUAGGUACAUUAAACUGAAUGCCUUUUUAAUAUCCCACCAAAUCCCUAUGAAUAAUUUGUGUUUUGUUUUUUGCAAAGAAAAUGACUCUUAUCAAAGUUUUUAUUUGAGCUUCAAUGCAAUUGUAUCCCUCUUGAGUCCUUCAAAAAUGUUCUUAAAAUUUUAUUUUUUACUUCUUAAUAUCUUUAUGCGUCUUGAGCACUCUACAGAGUGGAUUUGGCGCUUUAUAAGCCACAUGUAUUAUUAUUAUUCAUGUGCAUGGAAUGCAAUGACAAAUUUAGAGCAUGCAAAUUGCCAGUAAAUUGCAUUUGCAAAAUAUUUUUUCUUCCUGAAGUUUUAUGUGGUGCUUACAUGUAGGAUGAAAAGCCGAUUGUUUUAGAUUUUUUCAGUUUAAAAAACAUUUCAUGACUUCAACCAUGAAAUAAAACGAUUUUGGGAAGCAUUUCAUGAAGUUUUUUGUCAGUGAUAUUUGCCAAUGGAUGUUAUAAGCUACUGUAGAUCCUUGCAUCCGAUUGGCUGAGAACAAAUUAGUCACUUAAAAUCAGUGACAAUACUUUGUGAACGCUAUCCUGGAGUGAAAUGUGACUCGAUUGUUAAAUUGAAUAGAAUCAAUUUGACUUAAUUUUUAAAGCUUUAUUAACCUGCAUUUUCAGUGAAUUUUCAUUUACACGAAAGAAUUUCACUUUUUACGGGAUGUGAAUAUUGCUUGAUAGAUUUGAUACUCUUUGCCUGCUUUUUAUCAUUAAUUUA